GGGUCGCGCCGUAGGGGGGUGGAGGCGGAAGUGGCGGCGCCGGCCCCGGGAGUAGGAAGGAGCCGGGGCUGCAGCCGGAGUGGAGCGGCUGCCAGCCGAGGAGCAGGCGCGGCCGCGGCGCCAUAUUGCGGCCCCAAGCGGCCGCGACCGAGUCAUGGCCGAGACCUACGACUUCCUCUUCAAAUUCCUGGUGAUUGGCAGCGCAGGAACUGGAAAAUCAUGUCUCCUUCAUCAGUUCAUUGAGAAUAAGUUCAAACAGGACUCCAACCACACAAUCGGCGUGGAGUUUGGAUCUCGCGUGGUCAACGUGGGUGGAAAGACUGUGAAGCUACAGAUUUGGGACACAGCCGGCCAGGAGCGGUUUCGGUCGGUGACACGGAGUUAUUACCGAGGCGCGGCUGGAGCUCUGCUGGUGUAUGACAUCACCAGCCGGGAGACCUACAACUCGCUGGCUGCCUGGCUGACGGAUGCCCGCACGCUGGCCAGCCCCAACAUCGUGGUCAUCCUCUGUGGCAACAAAAAGGACCUGGACCCGGAGCGUGAGGUCACUUUCCUGGAGGCCUCCCGCUUUGCCCAGGAGAACGAGCUAAUGUUCCUGGAGACUAGUGCCCUCACGGGUGAGAACGUGGAGGAGGCUUUCCUGAAGUGUGCCCGCACCAUCCUGAACAAGAUCGACUCAGGUGAGCUCGACCCCGAGAGGAUGGGCUCAGGCAUUCAGUAUGGGGACGCAUCCCUCCGCCAGCUGCGGCAGCCUCGGAGUGCCCAGGCCGUGGCCCCUCAGCCCUGUGGCUGCUGAGACGUCCGGAGCCAGCUCACCUGUUCUCCAGGACCAGCCCUGCCCUCUGGCUGGGGCCUAGCCCCAGGCCCUGGGAGGCAGAGCCCCUCACCUGUCCUGGCCCCAGAGAAGCUGCCCCGCCACCUAUCCCCCUUCCCUGGCCUGGUGGGGCCUGGCUGAGGGGCAAGACUGAGCCACGGGGGAAGGGGGAAUCUGUACCUGCUGCUGCUUCCUCUGUCUUGGCUAACCCCUGUCCCCCCUGAAACCCUAACCAUACUCUUAAGAGUUCCCAAAGCCUGAGACCAGGGCAAUUGGCCCCAGCUCCCCGCCUGGCCCUGCCAUUGCGAGUAUGUGUUAUUUAUUGCCUGGAGGCCUGUUCAGUCCCUACUCCACCUCCAUAAAGCAUUGUUUACACCUGC